AUGCGAGAGGAACAUAGUCCGGGUCGGCGACGAGGCAGGGGAAAUGGAGGACUGAGGUCGUUGAUAGAGCCACAUUUCUUGUCAUCGUUUGCCUUGGACGACGGUGGUUCGGUUUCUGGAAGGAGAUCUUCCUACCUGAAACUUCCUCCUCAGGCUCAGGGUCGUAUCAAGCUUUCCGUCGUUAAGCUCGACGGUUCCCUUUUCGAUGUGGAAAUCGCAAAGGAUUGCUCAGUGGGAGAGCUAAAAGGAGCUGUCGAGGAAGUUUUCACUAUAUCUCCUCAGGAAGGUCACGGCAGGAUUUCAUGGUCCCACGUAUGGGGUCAUUUUUGUUUGUGCUAUCGAGACCAGAUACUAGUGAAUGACAAAACAAGCAUCCAGAAUCUCAGCCUCAACGAUGGUGAUCAAUUGCAUUUUGUGAGGCAUUUGUCAAUAGACCACUCUCCUAUGAACAAACGAUCCAAGAGCCAGAGUUGCAAGCGUUACCUCGAGUUGGAAAUGGAAUCCAACGCCAACCAGAAGGAGGGAGUAGAUAAUGAAACUGACAAGGGUGCUCAAGACGAAUUCAGGCUAGUUCACUUAAUUAAAGCAUGGUUACCUUACGCUGGACGCUGGGGAUUGUCAAGAAAAGGGUCCGAGAGUCGCACUCGUCCUUCCAGGUUUUCUUUUAAGCAUUUUGGUGGCAGGCCCAAGAUGUGA